GUCUCUCCUGUCUUCACAGAUGUCCGCCCGUGGCUCUCCCUCCCUCAUCUUCUGCCUGGCUUGUUUACUUCCUCCUUACUGGGUUGGAUACUAAGCCACACCCCACUGGCCUGAGACUGUAGUGUCCGGCGGCGUCCUCUGCAUCAUGGGGGCCAUCAGACCCUCCGGUCCCCUCCUCUUGCUGCCUCUCCUUCUGACCUUGGGUGGUGUCAGCCCUGCCCAGGCCCAGAGCGAUUGCAAGUGUCCUGCCAUUGGCCCUGGUGUGCUGGCUGGGAUCGUGCUGGGGGACCUGGUGCUGACCCUCCUCAUUGCCCUGGCCGUGUACUCUCUGGGCCGGCUGGUCUCCCAGAAACGAGGGGCUGCAGAAAGGGCUGGGAAACAGCGCAUGACAGAGAUGGAAUCCCCUUACCAGGAGCUUCAGGGACAGAAGGCAGAUGUCUACAGCGAUCUUCAAACACAGAGGCCGUAUUACAAAUGAACGCAUGCCACACAGACUACAACCACCUAUGUCUGUAUCCACUCAUCCCUGGUACCCAGCCCACACCCCACUCUUACUCUCACUCAGACACAGAUUCAGAGAAUAUCUCUCAAGAGAUUCAGACUUCUCCCCGCCGCCAUUCCCUAAAUAAACAUAAAUCACAGAAACA